GAUCAGAAGAAAAAGAGAGCAGCUAAACGCAAGGAUAGAAUUGACAAAGUUUUGGAUGAUUAUGAUUACAAUGAUACUAGGGAUGAAUUUAUUAAGAGAAUUGAUCUUAACGAAGAUGACCCAAAUACUGGUCAGAUUUUAAAAAAGAGUCUAAGCGAAAACUCUAAUGAAGAUGUUUCAGUUGUUGAAGAAGAGCCUAUUCAAUAUGCUUUAGAUGCUGAGUCGGUUAUUGUUUUCGAAAUGGUAUUGGAACACCGAUUGAUAUGGUAA